CUUCCGCCGCCGCAUUCCCCAUCCCCUCUUAUUCUUCUACUUCUUCUUCCCCCAACCCCCACUCUCCAUCCCCAUUCCAAUCCAAUCGGAUCCAAUCCAAUCGAGGCAAUCCAUGGCGUCGCCCCCGUCCUUCGACUUCUUCUCCGACGCCCUCGACGACGCCGCCGACUCCCCCUCCUCCUCCUCCGCCCACCGCCAGAACCCUAACCCCAACCCCGACCCCGACCCCCACCCCACGCCGCACCCCAACCGCGCCCCGCCGCCCACCCCCAACGGCCUCAACGACCGCCUGCUCCGCUUCACCCAGACCCGCCCCCGCCCCCCGCCCCAAAACCCUAACCCCUCCCCGCCCCACGCCGACGGGGACCGCAAGGUCAAGCUCGCCGGCCGCCGCCGCCUCUGCAAGCUCUCCUCCUCCACCGACCCCGAUGCCGACCAGGAGGAGGACAGCAUCCGCGACAUCCUCGACGACCUCACCACCCGCCUCGACUCCCUCUCCGUCGACCGCCCCAAGGCCCGCCCCCGCCCCGCGCAGGCCCGGGCCCCGCUCCCCUGCGCCGUCACCGCCGAGGACGACGACGACGGCUUCUACGACGCCGCCGCCGGCUCCUCCCCCCCCUCCCCGCUGCCUCCCAAAUCUGGCGAGGACGACGGCUUCUUCGACGCCGCCGACGAAUCCUCCUCCUCCCCGCCGCCUCCCAAGGGGCCGGAAUCGGGUGCCCCCUCCACCGUCGACGUCUCCAGCUCCGACGAGUCUGAGGAUGACGCGCCGCUGGUGGUCCGGAGGCAAGUCAAGGUGGAGAAACCGCCGCAACUCCCAGAUCCAUCAUCCGCCUCCUCUGCCUUCGCCGAUCUGGCUACUCAGGAGGAGGAGGAGUCCGUCGACAAGGGGAACAGCAAAGCCACGGCAGCGACGGUCAGCAAGGAAAUUAAGCCGGAGAAACCACAAUUCCACGGUGAUUCACCAUUCACCUCUGCCUUAACCGAUCUUACUGCUCAGGAGGAGUCUUCUGUCGACAAGGGGAACAGCAAAGCCGCGGCGGCGGCGGUCAGGAAGGAAUCCAAGCUGGAGAAACCACAAGUCCCAGAUUCACCAUUCGACUUCUCCGAUCUUGGUGACGAGGAGGAGGCCAGUGCCAAGUGGAACAGCAAACCCACGGCGGUGGUCAAGAGGGAAGUCAAGGUGGAGAAACCCGACCCAGAUUUAUCGUUCGCCUCUGCUUUCACCGAUCGCCGUGUUCUGGAUGAUGCCAAUGACAAGGGGAAGAAAACCGGGGCAAGUGCUUAUGGCGGUGCCAAGUCGGGCAAGAGGGCAGCAUCAAAGCCCUCAUCCUUUGCGGAUUUUGAUGAAGAUGAUGACGGUGUCAGCGAGGAAAAGGAGAACCGUGCUGCUGAUGACACGGAGAAGGAUGUUGGCUGGGAGAAAACAGAGGAUUUCAAGAUGGAGCCCACCGGGUGCGGCAAAAUGGUCAAGCCCUACAAGCUCCCGGGGAGCAUUUUCAAGAUGCUUUACCCUCACCAGCGCGAGGGCCUCAAGUGGCUCUGGGUUCUGCAUUGCAGGGGAACUGGAGGGAUCCUUGGGGAUGACAUGGGUCUCGGCAAGACCAUGCAGGUUUCUGCCUUCCUGGCUGGAUUAUUCCAUUGCCGUUUAAUCAAGAGAGUGCUAGUGGUUGCGCCAAAGACACUUCUUACUCAUUGGUCCAAGGAACUUUCUGUUGUCGGCCUCAAACAUAAGAUUAGGGAUUACUCUGGUCCCAGCGUAAAUGUUCGCAAUUCUGAGCUUCAAUAUGCAUUCAAGGAGGGCGGCAUCCUUCUAACUACGUAUGACAUUGUCCGUAACAAUUACAAGUUGAUCAGAGGUGACUUCUACAAUGGCAACGUGGAAGGGAAGUAUGACAAGCUCAUCAGAGGUGACUCAUAUAACGAUGCUGAUGAAGAAGAGGAUGGGAAGUUGUGGAACUAUGUUAUUCUUGAUGAGGGACAUAUUAUCAAGAACCCGAGUACUCAACGGGCCAAAAGCUUACUCGAAAUACCGUGUGUCCACCGCAUCGUCAUAAGUGGAACACCUAUUCAAAACAAUUUAAAGGAAAUGUGGGCUCUGUUCUAUUUCUGUUGCCCGGAGAUCUUGGGUGAUAAGGAUGAGUUCAAAUCAAGAUAUGAAUCGGCUAUCAUUCGAGGAAAUGACAAGAAUGCCACCAAUCGAGAGAAGCACACAGGCUCAACUGUUGCAAAGGCAUUAAGGGAGCGUAUAAAGCCAUACUUCUUGCGUCGUAUGAAAAGUGAAGUGUUCCUUGAUACUGGUUCGGCAGAUGAUAAAAAACUUUCCAAGAAGAACGAGCUAAUUGUUUGGCUGAGGUUAACAGCUUGCCAGAGGCAACUAUAUGAAGCUUUUCUGAACAGUGAUCUUGUUCAUUCAUCAAUGCAAGGAUCACCAUUGGCUGCAAUCACGGUAUUGAAGAAAAUAUGCGACCAUCCAUUGAUAUUGACCAAGAGAGCUGCUGAGGACAUCUUGGAAGGCAUGGAAGGCAUGUUGGAUAACAAGGAUAUGGGUAUGGUAGAGAAAAUGGCCAUGAACCUUGCAGACAUGGCUCAUGAUGACCAAGCGCUGCAAGUCGGCGAGGAGGUCUCAUGCAAAUUAAUUUUUAUCAUGUCCUUGUUGCGGAAACUUCUUGAAGAGGGACACCAUGUCCUUAUCUUUUCCCAGACGCGCAAAAUGCUAAACCUUAUUCAGGAAGCUAUAUUACUGGAGGGCUACAAGUUUUUACGCAUUGAUGGUACUACCAAGAUUGCUGAGAGGGAAAGGAUCGUGAAGGACUUCCAAGAGGGGCCUGGAGCACAAAUAUUUUUGCUGACCACACAAGUUGGUGGGCUUGGACUUACACUCACCAAGGCAGCUCGUGUCAUCGUGGUCGAUCCUGCUUGGAAUCCAAGUACGGACAAUCAGAGUGUGGAUCGUGCUUAUCGAAUUGGUCAGACCAAAGAUGUGAUUGUAUACCGCUUGAUGACAUCUGGAACCAUCGAAGAAAAGAUAUACAAAUUGCAGGUUUUCAAGGGCGCUUUGUUUAGAACAGCCACAGAGCAGAAAGAACAAACACGCUACUUCAGCAAGAGGGACAUUCAAGAGCUCUUUAGUCUGCCAGCACAAGGUUUUGAUGUUUCCCUUACACAAAAGCAGUUGCAGGAAGAGCAUGGACAGCAACUUGUCAUGGAUGAGUCACUGAGGGAGCACAUAGAGUUUCUGGAACGACAAGGAAUAGCGGGUGUAAGCCACCACAGCCUCCUAUUUUCCAAAACAGCAGUCUUGCCUUCGUUGGAGCCUGAAGCUAUGGAGAGCAAGCACCCAAGCAUGCCGAUGAUGGCCAGGCAGUACAACAAGGCAUCAUCCUCGAUGGACUAUGUCGCCAACGGCGCUGCCCAUGCUUUCAAGCCAAAGGACUUCACUCCAAGAGCAUACUCUGCAAGCAAUACGAGUUCAGAGAGCCCCGAGGAAAUCAAGGCAAAAAUCAACCGCCUGUCGCAAACCCUUUCAAACACGACGCUGGUGUCGAGGCUGCCUGACCGUGGGGAGAAGCUCAAGAAGCAGAUACACGAUCUGGACGAGAAGCUGACGGUGAUCGAGUCGUCUCCAGAGUCGUCGUCGAUGAUGUCCAGAGGGAGGGCGCCUGAAGUGAUCUGCUUGGAUGAUCAGAGCCUAUAAUUCUGAGAUUGAAGCAACUGCUACACUGGACUACUCAUUUGUUACUAGUCGGUCACUGAGGCGUGACUGAAGUGCAACACUGGUAUUGUUUUGGCCGUGGAAUGGUCCGGUUGUAAAUAGUAGCCUGAUGGAUGAUUGGUGCCUACGACUAGGAGGGAGGCAGGGAUGUAGGGUGAAUGUACUCCCUCCGUUCCAAAAUAGAUGACUCAACUUUAUUACUAAUCAUCUAUUUUGAAAUGGAGGGAGUAGUAUGUAUCGGCAAAAAUUACUCGGAUCUUAUUAAGCAUGCGAAGCAGCGCUGGUAAAAUUUUCUA